AUCUCCCACAACUCUUUUUUUCUCUCAUAAAUCAAAACAACAAAUUUUUUUCUAUUGAAUAAUAAAAAGGGUUUAGAAAACCUAAAAGAAGGUCAAGAAUUGACAACUUAUACCUUGUCCUUCCAAUAAGGUAUUUUUACUGAAUUGUUGGAGAAAAUUGAUGGGUGGGGUCUGAAAAUCUUGAGAACACCCGAAAAAAAGUAUCGAAAGAGAAGGCUUGCUUUAAUCCUCUGGGUGGGGGUGGGUUUGAAGAUCUUUUGAAGAUUGUAAAAGAUAAUUGUAACUUGAAAUUGUUAAUAGAAAAAUUGUCUACAUUGAGUAUUAUGAUACAUUGUUAAGAGAGAUUUGUCGGGUUUCGAUGAUGGAAAGAAUGCAAGAACUGUAUGAUUCAACGGAUAUAAUGAGUAUUGGCAAUCCUCUUUGAUUGAUCAUAUUGAGUGAACUGUGCUUAGAGUGAAGGGAGAAAGUGUGAUUGGCUUUUGGGUGGGGUUCAUAUGGAGGUUGAGAUGGAUUUGAGGGAGAUUUUAAUGAAAAUUUCAGAUGAAAAGAACGAAGAUAAGGAAUAUGCGAAUGUUGAUUUGAAGAAAAGUGAGUUUGAUACUGCAGCUGAUGAACGGUUGUUUAAUGGUAUCGAGGCUGAUGAUUUUGUUUUCAGUAAUAGACAGUCAGUGAAGUUUGAUGGAAAGAUAAGUGUGGACCUCAAUGAAUGUAUUGUUAAGGAUGUUGAUGACACGAGCAAUGUUGGUCACGAUGACAAGCGUUUUGAGUUUGUCAGUGGGGCGAAAAGUGAUGACUGUGGCACUGUGGAUAUUGGGCUAAUGAAGUCGAGUAUUGUUAGGGAAGAUGAGAACAAUAGGAAGAGGAAACGAGAGUCUUACACGGACUUGCUGAGGUGGGUUACUAAUGUUGCGAGAGAUCCUUGUGAUCCUGCCAUUGAGUCUUUGCCAGAAAGGUCUAAGUGGAAGUUUUAUCGGAAUGAUGUACACUGGAAGCAGGUUCUGCUGCUGCGAGAUGAAAUGCUUUUGAAAAAAUGUGCAGAUACAAGUGCUCAAAGCUCGAUAUGGCAGAUAAAACAGAAGAUGCAUCCAUCUAUGUAUGACGAUAAUGCUUCUCUUGAGAGAGUGAGAUGCAGCAGGCGGGUCCUACUCGCUAAAACUCCAUUGAAGAAGACACAUUUUUCAGCAGUGUCGUCCUCAAGCUCUCCAAGUGAUGAGGAUCCAAUUGAUGGACCUGCUGAUUCAUCGGAAGAGUCAGGACUUGGCCUUUUGUGGAACCAGCAUCGAAAGCAAAUACCAGUUGGGCCACAGUUUCAAGCAGAUAUUCCUGAAUGGAGACAUGAGAAAUGUAAAAGUGACUCGAAAUGGUUGGGUACCCAAAUAUGGCCUCUAGACAAACAAGAACAAAAAAGAAUGUUAAUUGAAAGAGAUCCUAUUGGAAAAGGAAGGCAAGAUACAUGUGGCUGCCAAUACCCUUCUUCUUAUGAAUGCAUCAAGUUUCAUCUCGCUGAGAAACGAAGGAAGGUUACACUUGAGUUGGGAUCAGCCUUUUAUCGGUGGAAAUUUGACUUGAUGGGGGAAGAAGUUGCACUUUCUUGGACAAAACAAGAAGAACAAAAAUUCCAGGAUAUAGUAAAAAUGAAUCCUUUGUCGACAGACAAGAGCUUUUGGAAUGAAAUAUUCAAGUUCUUUCCUAACAAAAGCAGGGAAUCUUUGGUCAGCUACCACUUCAAUGUCUUCCUUUUGCGGUGUAGAGGUCACCAGAAUCGGACUGCUGCAAGUAAUAUCGACAGUGAUGAUGAUGAACAACAGUACGGACCUAGAACUAAUUGUUUCGGAAGAGAUGCUGAAUUCUCCAUCUUUUGUUCCCCGAGGAAAGCACAUCCAGAUCCAAGAUAGUAAGGGAGUGUUUAUAUACCACGACGUCGUUCAGAAAUGUACAUUGCAGGUUUUUUAUUGUGCUUUUGCUCAUCAAGAUUUAUAUUGGCAAAUAUUUUUAAAGGGAAGAUGCAUGAUACCAUCUGAAAAUUUUAUAUUUUGAGUUGGUGGAUUUUUUGGUUACAAGAAGGUCCUUUCUUCUUACCUUUUUCAGUAUACACAGUUUACUUUCCGUAGUUUGUCAUUGUUCAAAACACUGUGAUUAAGAAUGCUACUAAUAUUAUCAUUUGCUCAAAUGGAUCUCUACAACCAUUGUGCUUUUCCAUAGUCUUUGUAUUUGGUAUAACUGAUAAAUCAAUGAAUUG